ACAAUUAGCAUCGUUGAGGAGAAACAAUGAAAGAAAGCGGUUCGGAGAUUGCUUUCCCGUCCAUUGUCGACAGGGUCACAAAACCGUGAAAAAGUCAGACUUGUCAGUUGGUGUAUUAAUUUUUGGUAGGAAACGUUUCAAUUUUCCUCUUCCUUCUUCACGGCCGUUUCUUGACAAUUGGCCGUGUAACGUAUUGUGGAUUAUCGUUUGAAAGCGGCGUGCGGAUCUGGACAAUAAUGGGUAUCAAUUGGCCCAGUUGGCGGUCGACGUCGUCCGGGAACGCAGCUGGAUAAAAUGUGGUGGAUUUGGGCACUCGUCGCAUCCUACAUAGCAUUCUCGACUUCCACCACUUUUCUGGAAUUUCAGGAUAUCGAAAACGGAAGUGUCCCCAGUUGUACAGACAAGAACGGAACAAUACGAGCACUGGGCGAAAGCUGGCAACUGGAAGGCGAAUGCGUAUCAUCACGCUGUCUAACCGUCAGCGCGACGAAAAGCCUCAUUAUGCAUUACAAAUGCCCUUCGGUGACAGCACAACCUGCAAACGGCUGUGAAGUGGUUCAAAAUGUAAACCUUCCUCAUCCGAAUUGUUGUCCUGAAUUAAAAUGCUCAUGAGGUUAUGACAAAAUCCCACCACCUUCUCAAAAAAAUAUUGUUUAUUUAUUGAUGAUUAAUUAAUAACAAAUUUGUUUUUUUCCCCUAAAAGGUUUUAAAGAUAAAAUAUUUAUACAUAUACUUUUUUUAAAAAUAAACUAAUACUAACAAGGGAUUGAUAUACUUAUUAUUAAUGCCUACUGAUAGCUGGUUUGUUGCAAUAAUCUUCAAAUUAAAAAUGACAUAGAAGGCUUCUUUGCAAAGUGAGGCAAUUAUGUAUUAAUUAAAUUAUAUUACUAGUAUAUUUUUCAAAUUUAUUCCAGAUCUACGUUCAAAUUUAAUUACAUAA